CCGCAAGCCAAAAGAAAACGUAUUACAACGAACUCUCUUUCUUUUUUUUUGCACACACAAGGAAAAAAAAGGUUAUAAAAGCAAACGCACCAUUGAGAGGAUCUGAAAAAAAGUACCUUGGUCUUUUUCAUUUCUUUCUCUUUCUUCUUUAGCUUCUUUGACUUCUUCCUCUUCUCUUUCUUUUACUACUCUUGCUUCCUUUGUCAGUCGACCGAUCACCCGUAACAGGCAGUACUAGUUAACGAAAAUGCAGUUGAUGACCAAGAAACGGUUUCAUACAUACUGUUACGGUAUAACUGCAUCCCUGUGCAUGUUUAUCAAUGGAUUCGACGCAUCCGUCUUCAACAACUUACAGGGUAUUCCACGAUUCAUGAAUGACAUGGACUUGGACAAUAAUGCCCCGGAAGAUCAGAAUCUGAUUGGUGCUGUCACUUCCAGUUACAUGGCAGCAACAAUUUUUGCUGGUCUCUUCAUCUCGCCUUUUAUCACAAAUUACCUCGGUCGUCGUGCAUCUAUAUUUACAGGAUGUGUCGUGGUCAUUGUUGCUUCCUUGGUUCAAACAUUCUCAAGCAACGUUGAAACAUUCAUUGGUGGAAGAAUUGUCCUUGGUCUCGGUCAAGGUAUUGCCUUGCCAGCUGGUCCUGUCUUUAUGAGUGAAAUCACACCUCCCGAGAUCCGCGGUCGAAUGCUUUCUUUCUGGCAAAUGAUGUACUCUGUUGGUGCUCUUGUCACCUCAUACUCUGCACUCGGAACACAACGAUCUCCAUGGCUAGGCGACUGGCAGUGGAAGUCCAUCACUUUGAUCCAAGCUGCUAUCCCUCUUGCUUGUGCCGUCGCCAUUUUCUUUUGUCCUGAAUCACCGCGUUGGCUCGUUCAAAAAGGAAAAGAAGAAAAGGCUCGACGUGCCAUUGCUCGUGUGCGCGAACCUGAACAAGUUGAUCAAGAACUCAAUGAAAUCAAAGCUGCCAUUGAAUGGGAGCAAAAGCAUACCAGUAAUUCGCUCAAGGACUUGUGGAUUGAAAAAACCAUUCGUAAACGGAUGAUUCUCGGCAUGAUUAUCAACUUUGGUCAGCAAAUCACCGGUCAAUCCAUGAUGAACAACUACUCGACCAAAGUGUACGAAAGAGUGUUUGACAGCGCCUCGACUGUUCUUUUGAUCAACGCCUUAACCUACACCUUCGGUAUUCUGUUCACCUUGACCUGCACCUUCUUGUCUGACCGCAUGGGCCGUACGACGAUGCUUAUUAUCGCCGGCAUUGGUCAAGGCAUUAUGCUUUUGAUUGCUGCUACCGUCUAUAUCACUACACCAGACAUCAUUACUAUUGCUGAAGAUGGCAGCACAUCCAUUUCAAAAUCGCUCGGCGUUGGUGCUGCACUCUGUUUGGUCAUGUUCCUGUUUACCUUUUUCUACAAACCCGGUUGGGGCGCCACCGUCUGGAUCUACACUUCAGAAAUCUUCCCAAUGAGUGUUCGCGGUACGGCCGUCUCCAUCUGUACCAACACCCAAAACGCUUCCAACUUGAUUAUGGCCCAGGUGUUCCCACCCAUGUUCACCGGCAUGGAUUUCUAUGCAUUCUAUGUAUGGAUGGGCGUCAACUUUGUCCUAGCAUUCCUCGUAUGGCGCUUCUACCCUGAGACCAAGGGUGUCCCUCUCGAAGAGAUGGACAAGUUGUUCGGUGGUGCUAACAAGGUUGAAGAACUUCAUCACGAACAACAUGAUGAUGUUUCUUACACCAAGGAUGAGAAACUUGGUGCCUAGAAAAGGGGCAUUGCUUGUAAAGGAACACACGGUAGCAGCAUAAUAUAUUAGUUUUUCUUAAUUCUUCUCCAUUCGCUAUUCGACCUUUUCACCUACUUCCCCUUUUUAACAACAUAACUCUUCUUCUUUCUGUUAAAUAUUUUCUACCUUCUUGUAAUCUAGUCAGCAGGGCUGGCUAAGCAACACUUUUUAUUUCUCCUCCUAUACCAAGAACACAAACAUACUAUUAUGCAUUCUAGGAAGAGGAAAAAGAAGAUGUCUGUGUAACUAUGAUAAUCCCCUCUUCUUCUUUUCCCUUUGCUAACACCUUUUCUCCGCAACAAAGUGACAACCUU